ACUGCUAGAGGAGAUGACACACAAGCUCGAUCCCCCUCUUCCCUUGGCGCUUGAGAGACCCGAUCACGGUUCGUCGUCUUCUUUCGAUGGGAACGUUGGGAGAGCACCGUAACGAGGUGAACUUGGAGAAGAGAGGCUCCUUCUUCAGAUCAUUCCGGUCCGACCUCAAGGAGACGUUCUUGCCUGACGAUCCAUUUCGGCAUCUGGAGCACCAGUCGGGGUGCGCUGCCGCAGGCAGCUUGGUGAAGUACUUCGUUCCCGUAUUGGAGUGGGCACCCAAGUACACCCUCGCCAAGCUUCAGGCCGACCUUCUCGCCGGCAUCACCAUCGCCAGCCUCGCCGUCCCCCAAGGCAUCAGCUACGCCCGUCUCGCCAACCUUCACCCCAUCGUUGGUCUCUAUUCGAGCUUUGUGCCGCCACUGGUCUAUGUGGUGUUCGGUAGCUCGACGAACUUGGCGGUGGGAAACACGGCCGCGGUCUCUCUGUUUCUUGGGUCUGUCAUAGGAAGUGAAAUAUCGCCGUUGGAGAGCCCGGAACUGUACAAGCAUAUGUUCUUCAAAGCCGCCUUCUUCACGGGGAUCUUCGAAGCCACGUUGGGGAUCUUUAGGCUCGGGAUCCUGGUGGAGUUCUUCUCACGGUCGACCAUUACCGGGUUCAUGGGAGGGACGGCGACAGUAGUCAUCAUGCAGCAGCUGAAGGGAGUGCUCGGAAUGAGACACUUCACCACCAAGACCGAUGUGGUCUCUGUUUUGGGUUCCAUCAUCUCCCACAGGGAGGAGUGGAGAUGGGAGAGUGCGGUUUUUGGGACGUGCUUAGUUAUCUUGUUGCUUUUCUGCAGGCAUAUGAGAGCAAAGGUUCCAAGGUUGUUCUGGUUGCCGGCCAUCGCUCCUUUGCUGGUGGUCGUUUUGGGAGGUCUUUUUGCCUAUCUUAUACAUGCCGAAGACCAUGGCAUCCUUAUAGUUGGCACUGUGAAUAAAGGAUUAAAUCCUAUUUCCAUAUCACAUUUGAAGUUCGAGUCUAAAUAUCACGGUGUUCUCCUGAAAGCAGUCUUGAUUUCUGGUUUCCUAGCUCUUUCGGAAGGAAUAGCAGUUGGAAGAAGUCUGGCAACGAUGAAAAAUGAACAAGUAGAUGGGAACAAAGAGAUGAUAGCUUUUGGGAUGAUGAACAUCAUCGGCUCUUGUUUCUCAUGCUAUCUCACCACUGGUCCUUUUUCCAGGUCAGCAGUUAACUUCCAUGCUGGAUGCAAGACGGCAAUGUCAAAUGUGGUCAUGUCAAUGUGCAUCAUGGUGGUGCUGUUGUUCUUGGCACCUCUCUUCAAAUACACUCCUCUAGUAGCCCUAUCAGCAAUCAUCAUCGUUGCCAUGAUUGGGCUCAUUAAGUUUGAAGAAGCUCACCGCCUUCUCGAGGUGGACAAGUUUGACUUUGUCAUUUGCGUGGCAGCUUUCUUUGGUGUCAUAUUUUUCAGCAUGACUGCUGGACUUUUGGCUUCAGUAGGUCUGUCAAUACUGAGGGCAUUAUUAUAUGUGGCACGACCAACUACUUGCAAGCUCGGAAACAUAAAGGGAACUGAAGCUUAUUGUGAUGUGGAGCAAUAUCCAGACUCAGUUCUUUUCCCUAACAUUUUGAUUUUGAAACUGGGUUCUCCUAUCUACUAUGCAAGCACUGGCUAUCUGAGAGAGAGGAUCUUGAGAUGGAUAGAAGAGGAAGAUGCCAUCGCUAGGAAGGGUGAAGUAAAUCUGCAGUACCUUAUCUUGGACAUGAGUGGAGUGACCUCCAUUGACAAUACUGGAAUCAGCAUGCUAGCAGAGGUCCAUAGAUAUGUUGACAGAAGAGGAAUCAAGAUCGCUUUGACAAAUCCUAGGAUAGAGAUUACAGAGAAGUUGAAGUCAUCAAAGUAUCUUGAUCUAAUAGGGGAACAAGCCGUAUUUCUUUCAGUCAAAGAGGCAGUUGAAGCAUGUCAUUUCACUGAGUACAAGAAUGAAUUAGUGUGAUGAAACAGAGUUGUUCAGAAUACAAUCACAUAGCAAGUACUCAGAUUGCUCUGUAUUUUGCUCGCAACAGGAGCUUGUACAAUGCUAAAUGUGUACCUGACAAGAAAAAACUACCAAAAAGA